AUGGCAUUUGCUGGUCAUAGUAGAGCUUUGAGCCUUGCAAAAGAUUCACAACUCAGAGAACAGAUUGAUAGCGCUGCACUUUCCGCUUCCGGUCAGACGAUACAGUCGCGUUACAGUAUCCAUGCGCCUACCUCACCCACCGCAAAUGAUACAUUUGACGAGUCUGACACCAAAGGGAACCCCCCCACGUCUUCUUUAUGGGUUGGAAAUAUACCGGUCGGUAUUGCUACUGAGGAGCUUGAGAAGUUGUUUUCGAGAUACGGAGCCAUCAAAUCUGUUCGCAUUCCUACAGGCAAACCUCACGCUUUCGUUAAUUACCUUGAUGUGGCUGCAGCUAUCCGUGCUUGCAUCGAAUUGCAUGGCCACUACUUGUUCAACAACGAGACGCCGAACCACAUCCAUUACCAGAGAUCACGUCAUCCUGUCUCCGUUGAAGGCCCUCACAACAGCCUCAGAGCUCGGGGCGAUAUCUCACCACCACCAUUAAGAAGAGCCCUCAAGUGCGACUUGUACCGUCCCUCGACAUACAGGAAUGCUUACAUAAAAGAAGACAACGAUGACGGAGGACAAAAUCAGGAACGCACAAAAGACGAUCGCACAUAUAUACGAGAUCUCGUGGAUGCUACCAGUGAGAUCGAACACAUAGAGAACAUCGAGCCACGAAAUGCUUUCAACAGUAGAAACCAACAGAGCCACGGAUUUCGUAUAAAAGGAACGGCGGCAGAAGAGUCAAAAAAGUUGGCACCCUUGAAUAAGGUUAGACACGAUGACGCCAAUGGCUCGAACGUUCAUCACAAUAAUGUCAGCGCGGAGGGCAUGGUGCUGGAUAACCACAUCUCGUCAAGUACCGAGUCAAUGUCACUCUCUAAAAUGAACCAACCAACGCCGUCGAUCAAAAAUUCAACUCACGGUCCUGAUGACUUGAGUCACAAGGCAAGCGAAACCAACACAUCCACGCACGAAUCGUUAUUGAUAGAACAGUUUGACAAGGUAUCCGAUAGACCACAUAACUCAGGCGAUCGUGCUGCCAAGGAUAAGCUGAAGCUGAACGAUGAUCGCAAUCAGGACACCGGUUAUCCCUUUUUAGGUUCUAUUGUAGAUGCUGCGGAUAAGACAGACAGCGCAGGCCUACCUCUGACCUUGACCUAUAAUAGCUUGCUGUCGAAGAACAAAGGAAUUUCGACGACUACUCAACCCUUAGGCUCUAGGUUGUCGAUCACGCCUUCCUCCGACUUAACCUCAUCAAGCAGAACGUCAACGCUGAAGAAAAGAUGUUCCGAUUGCAGGAAGCCGGAGAUGAAAGGCGUACCACUCAUCUGGUGCUCAAAGUGUCCACGACGUUACCACGAAGUGUGUGGAGAUCCUCGCCCCAACUUGUGA